GAAGGGAAGGGAAGGGAAGGGAAGGGAAGGGAAGGGAGACAUCAAAUUGAGCAGCACACCAGCUUCCCAGGUCAGUCCCUGGCUCCAAGUUCCUGCUUUAACUUCCUUUGAGACAGGGCUGUAAGCAGUAAGUCAAAUAAGCCCUUUCCUCCCCAAGUGAAUUUUGGUCAUGGUGUCUCAUCACAACAAUAACCCUAACUAAGAUAACUAUGACAACUGUAUUAUUAAGAGCACAGGCUUUCUCCCUCACACCCCCACUUCCUAGAUGCCAUGAAGUGAGCUGCAGUACUCCUCCAGCCCCUCCCUGGCGUGGUAAACUGAAAUCAUAAGCUGAAUAAAUUCGUCCUAUUUGGGCUUAUUUAUCCCAGCAUCAGGAGUCUAAUGCAACCAAGAGGAAUAGGUGAGACACCAAAGGAUGCAUUUUUCUCUCAUAUGUGGACUCUAAAAUAAAUAUGUGGAAAUAGAAGAGGAAAUAUUAUGGAAAGAAACGAGAUCAAGUAGAAAAUGUAGGAGAAAUGGGGAGGACAGUGGGAGAUGACUAUAACCAGAAUGUGGUACACACAUGUAUGAAAAUGAUGCCCAUUAUUCUGUACAAUUGCCACACACUAAUAAAAACAUACAUAAAACAAAUACGGUACAGCACUGGUAAUGAUCCGAGUUCCUAGAAACACCUGUGGUGAAUCCUGCCUCAUUCGUCGUGUUAAUCAGAAAAGUAAACACAAAAUUUUAAGGUCAACUCACAAAACCAAAACCCCAGAACCAACACAAAACCACUAAGGAUUUCAUAGAUAAAUGAAUGCAAAAAAACUGGAAAUUUCCAGGCAAACUAUUACUAGGAUUUGGUGUCUAUCUCUACACAAACCUAUGUUUAUACACAAACCUAUGGUGGGUCAGCUACCCAAUAACCAGGCCAACUCAUCCUUCUGUCCUAGUAUGCACACUAAGGUUUUCAUCUGUGUUUUUGUUUUUUAACUUUUUAAAAAACCAGAGGUGCGGCAGAGAUGGCUUAUUGGUUAAGAGUUCUUGCUGCUCUUUCAGAAGACUGGAGUUCAAUUUCUUGCACCCACAUCUGGGGUCUCACAAGCAACUGUAACUUCUGCUCCAAGGGAAUCUCACACCCUCCUCUGGUCUUCUUGAGUACACAGGAAUACACAAGCAAUAAAAAGAGAAUAUCUUUUAAAAGACGCAAAGAGGAAAUUAUUUAAAAGAAAAUAUACUAUUGCCUGGAUCAUACUUGAAAACGUUCUGUAAGAAGCCCGCGACAUGGCAAUUUCAAAAGUAUCCUCCAAUUUUAAGAUGUGGGGAAGAUUAUGACCAUUGGUUCACUACUUGAGUCAGCUCUAACCAUGUUUGUCAUGUAGCACUGACUGAGAUCUCCAGGGGCUGUAGGUUUUAACAAAAUCAAUGGCAUUACCUUGGUGACUAGCUGAGGGUAGUGAGUGAUCCGGCCUGUGACUGUGCUUUUCUAUUUUGUGACUAGCAAACAAUUUGUGAGACAAUACCACCAGAUUUGGGGGAAUGUGGGGUUUUACACAAAUCAUAUAAAUUAUAGUUUUAGUAUCCAUUAGUAAUCCAUGUUUGAAUUAUUUCAUAGAAAAACCUGAUUCCCUGAGACCACCAUUCUAUAUCUGAAACUACGCAGUGUUCUCUCGUAAAGCACUUUCCCUCAUCAACCGGCACUGGAUUACAACUCUACACAAGACAAACAAACAGAAAACAAAUUAAAAAAAAAAACUAAAUAAAAAACCCGCCAGUUACCAGGGUAAGAAGUUAGUGGUUAGUGUAAUAAUAAUUACUCUAACACCAUCAAUAAAGCUUUUCUGAGGAUAUGGGUAUGGUGUUGUGGGCUUUCGCCUUUUCCGUGUACCAUCAUCAAUGACCAUAGUUCCUACUGAUGCUCAGAUCAUCUCGAACUUGCCUGGUGGAGCCCUCCUCAUACAGGCUCGUUUUUCUGUCCCCACCUCUUAUUACUCAGGCAGUUCUUUCCCUUCUGGCAAAGCAUGAGACUCCGUCUCACUUUGUGUUUUCUGUGACACAACUAACUUGGAAGCAGUCAUGUCUUCUAGAAAUUUACUCCAAUGAGGAGCGGCGCUGCAAUCAAGAGCUGAAGAUAUUUCUUCUGUGCCAGUGGGCAAAGCUGGAAAAGGAUCCGUGAGUUCAAGGCUGGGUAAAUGGCUCAGCAAUUACAAUGCUUGCCAGGAAAGGAUAGAGAACCUAGUUCAAAUCCCAAACACUCACAUAAAAAGUGGGACAUGGGAAGUUUAUUCCUGUAAUCCCAACACUAGGGAGGCAGAAGUGAGACGCUCCCUAAAACUUGCUGGCCACCUAGUUUAGCUGAAUCAGUGAAUGACAGUCUCAAAAAUUAAGGGGGGGAGGGGGUUGAGGAAGACACUUGACGUUCACCUCUGACCUCCACGUGCACAUAAACAGAUGCACACAAACUCAUACACAUGCAAAGUUACUUUAUAUUGAUGAGUACAAAAUUUAAAUUCACCUAGUAGUAUAUGGCAGAGUAACAAGUCUCUGGUAUUAGCUACUGGGAAGCCUGAGGAAGGAAGGUCACACCAUGUGGCUUCCAGAGACCAAACUUAAGUCAUCACAUUUGACAUCAAACACCUUUAUAGACUGAGCUGUCUCGCUGGCACUGUCUUUGUUUGAAUCACACAUCUUCAGAACAACCAGCAAAUAAAGCAAGGAGAAAACAAACAAGACCAAUGGGAGAAAUACAAAAUUGUACAGAAGACUGAUUUCUCUUUUAUGUUCCUUGUUUAUUUAACUUACCGGGAAGAAUCUGGAAGGUCCUACCCACAGUUAUAAAGUGAUAAUUUACUGUAUUUCAGUUUUUGCAAGGAAUUUAUAAACGAUAUUUAGUAAUUUAUAAAUGCUAUCUAGAAAUACGAGACAAAAAAAGUCACGACUACACUUUUAAACUUGGUGACAAAACAACGUUUAACAGCUUCGUAAAAGAUUUGUUGCGGGGGGCGGGGGAACACAACAAUGCCGAGUCCGGCAACUUGCAGAGUUGAAGACGGGAGAGUCGAAAGAGAAACCUCCACCAAGGCUAGAGCGGCUCCACCAGCGACAGGAACUUCCGGGGUGGGGCCCGCCUAGUGCUUCCCUCCCCCCCCCCCAACGGGGAAUGUGGCCUUUCAGCGCUGCUGAGCUCGGCAGUCGCUUUACCGCUACUUCUGUUACUUUAAGACGGUGCCUGAGGUUGGGGGUGACCAUGGCCAAGAGCAAGUUCGAGUACGUGCGGGAUUUUGAGGCUGACGAUACCUGCUUGCCGCACUGCUGGGUUGUGGUGCGGCUGGACGGCCGGAAUUUCCACCGGUUUGCUGAGAAGCACAAUUUUGCAAAACCUAAUGACAGCCGAGCUCUCCAGCUGAUGACCAAGUGUGCUCAGACAGUAAUGGAGGAGCUGGAGGACAUUGUGAUCGCCUAUGGACAGAGUGAUGAGUACAGCUUCGUGUUCAGGCGGAAAAGCAAUUGGUUUAAAAGAAGAGCCAGUAAGUUCAUGACUCUCGUGGCCUCCCAGUUCGCCUCCAGCUAUGUGUUCUACUGGCGGGAUUACUUUGAGGAUCAACCACUUCUGUACCCACCAGGAUUUGAUGGCAGAGUUGUGUUGUAUCCUAGCAACCAGACCUUGAAGGACUACCUCAGUUGGCGACAGGCAGACUGUCACAUCAAUAAUCUUUAUAAUACAGUGUUCUGGGCCCUUGUCCAACAGUCUGGACUAACACCAGUCCAAGCCCAGGAGAGAUUAAAGGGAACUCUGGCCGGAGACAAGAACGAGAUUCUGUUCUCUCAGUUCCACAUCAACUACAAUGACGAGCCACAGAUGUACAGGAAAGGGACCGUGUUGGUGUGGCAGAAGGUGGAUGAAGUCAGGACACAAGAAGUUAGGCUGCCUGCAGAAAUGGAAGGCGAAAGGAUGACUGUGACCCGGACCAGAACCAGGCCCGUGCCCUUGUACUGCGAUCUCAUUGGGGACGCUUUCUGGAAAGAACACCCAGAUAUUCUGACGGGAGAGAACUGACCCUGCAUUCUGCAGUUCUGCCGUGCUUAGCCACGCAGGUCUCCUGGAGGCUCCUCUCCUUAGGUGGCUCGAUCAUCCCUAGCCCCAAGAGCGCUGUAAGGAACCACAUGACUGAAACCCGGUGGAGACAGAGAAAGAAGCAAUGGACGGAGGCAGCGUAUCUCACUGUGCUUAAACAGAAUACCUUUUUUUUUUUUUUUUUUUUUUUUUUUACGGCGUUAGAACAUAACUUUGGCUCUUUUUAAAAUCAUGAUCCUAUUUUUAUAAAGAACUAUUCAUGCUUUGCUGAAUGAGUCAUUUUUAGCUAUGGCAUAAACCUCUCAAAAUCCCGUCACCUCUUUUCACCUCUGAUAGAAGGGGAGCCCAGACUUUACCCUCACCCACCUUUCUUAACUCGAGAACCCGGUGACUGCACAUUCCCACUCUGACACCCGUGUACUUGCACUCAUGUUCUCUUCUGGCGUGAAGUUAAAUAUGGGUUCCUGCCUGCACGAUGCCUCCAGAUUGAGGAAUCCCAGAGAACACUCGAGGAUUGGUGCCAGUUCCCCAGGGUGGCAGCUUUGGCUGAACAAACGAGGAAUGCUUUGGGUAUCCCGCACCAUUCCAGGAUUGAUUUUUCUGGAAUCGUUAGCAUGAUCGUCGUCAUCUCUUACCAGGGACAUAGUUUCCAGUCACCUACCUCUUUUGAAGGGAAGGUGUUUUGGGGAGGUGUGUAUGUAUAUGCAAAUGAGGAUGGAGAGCCGCUACGCCAUGGAUGCUGGAAGAACUUCCCUCGGAAAAGCAGACUUUGCGUUAGACUUCUGGGCAGGCAUUUUCAAACAGCCUCUGUAGUCACAACCAUAACCUUGGAAUUCGAGAGCACCAGGAGGCCUGAUAUGGUGGUUUAGCCUAAUCCUAGCACUCAGGAGGUUGAGGCAGGAAAUUUGAAGCCAACAUUUGAAGCCAAACUGGACUACAUGGCAGAGCUAUAAGAAUGGGUGGAGUUGGAGGCUCUAUUGAUUUCAGAGGUUUGAAAAUAGCCCUUCCUGCUGAUGGCAGGAUGGUGUUGGCGAGGGGGCAGAGAGUAGUAAUAAAAAUCAUUUGUUGCCAAGGUGUUGGACUCAAUGGGAAAGUCACGUUUCUCCUUGACCUUGUUUUAUGUUUUAGAAGAAAAGGAUUAUUUGCCUCCAUCAGGAAUUAAUUAAAAGACAGCCUAUGUCCUGCUUUCUGGUCUUGAUUGCAGAAUUUCCAGCCAAGAAGAAAAUGUAUUUUUGAAAGAACAGCGUCUGGCCUCAUCCCUCACUAAUUGACACCCCAUCUGCUGAUGCCUUUUUUUCCUUCCUGUUCUCCCCACUCCCCAGGAAGAAGCAAUAGAGCUCAUGUUUGGCAACUGCUAAAAUCUUUUUAAGGAAGGGGAAAGUAUAAUAAAGAUUUCAAUCCC